GAUGAAUAAGUCCUGUGAGGCACACAUUGUAACAUGAAAUAUCAAAAAUAACCUUAAUCCGUGUUCCUGACUGAAAAUUGUGCUUAGAUAAUUGCACCACAUCCUCAAACACACUGUCCUCAAUUAUGUCAUUAUACGUGUCUUUAAUGUUAGUUCCUGGUUUGAAAAUGAAUGUAAUUCUCCUUUUGUGGCACUUUUUGUACGUCCCAGUGACGUGGGACACCCAUUCCCUGUGCAGUCACUUUAAAAGGUAAUUCAGCUCAAGCCCAGCCUCCCCUUUGAGUGUGACGCCCCCACACUGAAGCCCCGGCAGCUAUAAAGAGGCUCAGGACAGAUAGUGAUCACACACACACACACACACACACAUACAUACAUACAAGCAGAGUCCACAGAGAGCUCUCAUCCUCCACUGCAGACAGCUUCUCAUCAUAGCAGUUGCCAUAGGAACCCUUCAUGUUCAAAGCCUACUUUUGAAUACAAGGAAAAGACACUAGCGCACUGUAACUCUUUAAAAAAAAAGGUGGAUUUGAGAGGCAAUUGGCUUUUUUUCUUAACACACCAAUAAUGAAUUUAAACCUCAUUGUUGGGGUACAAGUGAGGCACUGCUGAACUUUAGUUUCUACCAUCCAAAGUCUUCAACUUGGCCACCAUGGUUCCCCACAGAUCCACUAAAGGAGCAUCCAAAGCGCGACGGGACCACAUCAAUCACGAGAUCAGGAAUAUGAGAGCUCUGCUUCCCAUUCCCCAGGAGGACCAGGAACGCCUUUCCUACCUGCACUCCAUGUCUGCCAUCUGCACCUACAUCAGGAAGUCGGUUCUCUUCCAGGGCAUCCCCGCUAGUGAGCCUUGCUCUCUGCCAUAUGAGGCCUUUCUUCAAGCCCUGCAUGGCUUCAUCCUGGUCACUACCAUCCAAGGGAGGCUGGUCUACGUGUCUGAAAAUGUAACGGAAUACCUCGGCCUUUCCAUGGUAGAUGUGCUUCAAGGAGACACCAUAUAUGACAUGGUGGAACGCUCUGAUAUCGAUGCUGUUGAGUCCACUCUUAAAGGAUACAGUCAACAUAGCUCAUCAUCAGAGAGGAGCUUUAUAUGUUGUAUGCAGACCUCCAGGGCCUUCAAACAGCAGCAUGGCAGCUGCUCCAUGCUGGUCAGAGGCAGCUUCCAGUCCUUCCAUCAGCCUUGUCCGUUCUCUACAGUCCAUCCCACCAGCGAGCCCCUCUUUGUGGCCCUGUGCAGCCCCACAGUGGACCGCCUCAGGGACACAGAGUACCACUUGUGUCCCAGCUUCAACAGCGUCCACUGCCUUGACAUGAGCUUUACUAUGCUCUCACACAGUGUUUUAUAUUUUUUGGGCUACUCAGCAGAAGAAAUGGUCGGGCGCUCGUGGUACAGUCUAAUCCACCCCGAAGAUCUUUCUUCAAGUGUCAUUGAUCACAGAAAGAUAUUUCAAGCCGAGGAGGGCCUCCAGGUGAGGAUGGUGCUGAGACUUCAAUGCAAGGAUCUGUCAUGGACCUGGUGCUACAUUUGUGCUAACAAAGACUCCGACAGCCAGGCUACUUACAUCUGCUGCACGAACUUCAUCAUCAGCGAAACAGAGGCCAGAUUUCUGCAGAAGACAAUCAACAAUAAUGCACUGAGCCUAUCCUCAUCAUCAUCACCAUCAUCAUCAGUGGAAGGUCAGCAGAUAGAGAGUUAUACCUCCAGAGGCUGUAAGAGGCAAAGGAUGUCCAACAGUCAGAGUGAGGAGGCAGCUUCCAGAGCCAGGAUGGAGUCUGAUGAAGACUUUCACUAUCCAGUAGACGCCUCCUCCCAAGGCAAUACCUCGACUAUUCCUUUGGGGGGCAGCCCUGCUCUCUUCACCCCUCCCUACAGCCCUGCCUCCUCCUGCUCCCCCGUGCAGCAAAAGGUGCUCGGCCGUGACCUCCUGUUAGAUGUGCACGGAUACACGGAUCAGCUGCUGUCCUCCCCGGAGGCUUCUCCCUCUUACUACUCCUACCCGGAAGCCGCACUCACCUGUCACCUUUCACCCCAGGACUCCCUGCCCCCGCAGCACACCUUUGAGCAGAGAGUCUUCGCCACGCUCGAUCCCCAGUCUCCGCUCUCGCCUUCAUCUCCGAUGUAUGAUUUCCCAGCGUGUGCAUCUGAUGCCAGAUUAGUUCCAGAUGGCUUCUCGGUGUCUGACAUGAGUGAGAGCUCAGUGGACUGUGCUCUGCAUCAAGAUGAUUUCAGCCUUUUGGAGGAGCCACAAGAGGGCAGCCUUCACCAAGCGCACCAUGUUCCCCAGUACGGGUUGCAAUCAGCCCUUCCCACCCCCAAUCAGUCCCCUCCAUCUACAACAUCUGACCAGUACAACGAAAGCGAGCAAGCGGAGAUCAGCAUUCUGGCUCAGCAGAUCUCCUCCUUGGCUUGCAGUUUCGACAUGUUUGGACCUGUGAAUCCUCUCCAAAGUGUCCAAACUGUUCCCCUCCAAGACUGCAUUCCCUCUUCCUCGUCAUAUAACUGGCCUCUCCACUCUGACCUCCACGCUAAACGUGAACCGCUGAAUGAUGGCAUGUUAGACAGCCUCCUCAAGGACCUGGACAUGGGUCCGAACUUCCCGGAGAACACUCUGCCGACGGGUGGCGUUGCCUUAGAUCCCUUCACUUUGCAGUUGGGAUGCCAUGACCUAAACACUGAGUUGCAUCAACUCAACCACUUUAUGCAAAGUAGCCUCCAACAAGAUAGACUUGCUGAGGAAAACCUGUGUUGAAACAAGUCUGUGACUUACGGCACUCCCCUUUGUAUGACAUAUUGUCAGGAAAAUUGUCCCUCGCCAGGUUGAAAGAAGAGUACGAGCAAAGAUAUUUAAAGGACAUCUUGUAUUAAAAAGACUAUGUCUCCCCAGUGUACAGCUCUGAAUUUUAACUAACCCUACAGUUAAGCUUUGUCUUCAUUUUUGCAAAAUGCUGCCAUCUUUUUUUUUUCCCCUGCUGAUAUUUUUUCAAUGUCUGACUACUAUCUCACAUCACAAUGGAAAUAUUUUCUUGUACUGAGCGACCACAUCUCACCGUUGAGCACUUUAUCGCUUUCAAUAGCACCAGAAUGUUCCAUAGUUUUCCACACUAUAUUAAGCAGUGGUGUCCAAAGUACGGCCCCUGAGGCUAUUUCAGACUUGCAGCUCUUUUUUUUAAAAUUGUAAAUAUAAAAUUACUAAAAAAAUGAGCAAUCAAAGACAACAGUAUACAUGAUGCUAAUAAAACAACUCGGAUAUGCAGGCUGCUUUUCACAGCAUAUUGGAUUUAUUUAAGCCUUUUUUUUACAAAAAGAAAAACAUCCAAAAUGGCCACCUGGUGGAAAAACAACAACCCUUGCAUAUAUAGCAUCUACUGUCAUUAUGGUCCUGUGCCUUAAAAACAAAGUAUUUUGUUAAAUUUGUCUUAUUUUUGUUUUAUCUUUUAUGUUUUUUUGUUUUAUGUAAAUUCCUCAGCUAUGAUACUGUGAUGAAAAAUAAUGAUUGUUUCCUCGAGCUACCUCAGUGGUACAUCUGUCAAGACAUUCCUAUUCUGAAAUGAAAUGAUUGUAUAAUAUUUAUUUUGACAUGAACUAAUAAUUAUGAAGCUAUUUUUGCAUUACAUUCCAAAACAUGAACUUCUGCCUCUUGUUUCAUGCGUGUCUAAAAUGGUACAAUGAAUGAUUACUGCUUAAUUGCAUUAUCUUUUUACACACACUGUAUUGGAAAUA